UUGUGACGUCACCAGGCCUAGCUUUAUUUUGGCUCAAGCUACGCUUUCGUCUCCGUGUCGCCGCCAUUAAACAACAUAGUCCGUGUAUAAAAAAUCCUAAACAAAACAAAAUAAACGAAAGUCUCGGCCGACGAUCGGGAUAUUUCUUCUGCAGAUUGGUGAUCGUGUCCAUUGAGGUAAACAUGAGAGGGUACAAACGGCGGUUUAAUACAUCGGUUCGGGAUAGAUUUGACCAACAGUAGGCGGCGGCGGAAGAAGAGGAAGGGGGAACGUACGGCAAGAACAAGACGGGUUUGUUGUGGUUCUCCUGACAACACCUUAAGGAGACGGUGAUCGACAAUGACGGACCCGAGGGAGAAAUGGGCCUGUGACUACUGCACCUACGAGAACUGGCCCUCAGCCACCAAGUGCACCAUGUGCCGCGCUCACAGGUCCCGGGGUCCCAUCAUCACGGAGGAGCCGUACAAAAGCGGGUCCGACUUGGUCCCGGCACGAGGCCCCUGGGACCUCCCCGCCAACGAGGGCGGCAGCGGCAGCCUCCUCAUCUGCCCGGACUCCAGCGCCAGGCCCCGCGUCCGUCCGGCCAGCAUGGCCGAGAUCGCCACUAAGUGGUCCUGUCAGAUGUGCACCUACCUGAACUGGCCCCGAGCCGUCCGCUGCACACAGUGUAUGUGCCAGCGUCCCAAAAGCGGCAGCCCUACCGAGUCGCCCCACACCUCCGGCUGCCGCCCGGCGCCGCCCCACUCUCCCGUGGACCCGUGCGAGGAGUACAAUGACCGCAACCGCCUCAACACCCACCAGCAGUACUGGAUGUGCCCGUCAUGCACUUAUCAGAACUCGCCCAUAACACUCGUGUGCGUAGUGUGCGACCACCCGCGGGCUAUCGAGCUGGCCGCCCCGUCCGCCGAGCGCUCGCCCAUUAUCAACGAACAGGACCGGUCGCGGUGGAGGGGGAGCGUGGGCGGCUGCAGCACCGGCGUGGGUCCUCUGGCUCAGAGGAGGUCGCCUCCCUUGGCCAAGAGGGAGGACAAUGUCCAAAGGGACUUCCAGAGGAUCGAGCUGGCGGCGGGAGCCGUGAGCGGCAAGGAGGAGCAGGAGAUGGACUUUAAGAAGCUGAAGCAGAUACGAAACCGGAUGAGGAAAACGGACUGGCUCUUUCUCAGCGCCUGCGCUGGCGUAGUGGAAGGAGACCUGGCGACGGUGGAGGCGUACAAGUCGUCGGGCGGCGACAUCGCGCGGCAGCUGACCGCCGACGAGGUGCAUCUCCUCAACCGGGCGUCUGCGUUCGACGUGGGCUUCACGCUGGUGCACCUGGCCAUUCGCUUUCAGCGGCAGGAUAUGCUCGCCGUGCUCCUCACAGAGGUCAAUCAGCAAGCGGCCAAGUGCAUCCCGUCCAUGGUGUGUCCCGAGCUGACGGAGCAGAUCCGCAGGGAGAUCACCGCGUCGCUGCAUCAGCGCAAAGGCGACUUUGCCUGCUACUUCCUGAGCGACCUGGUCACCUUCACGCUGCCCGCCGAUAUCGAGGACCUGCCUCCGGCCGUCCAGGAGAAACUGUUCGAUGAGGUUUUAGAUCGGGACGUGCAGAAAGAACUGGAGGAAGAAUCGCCGGUCAUUAACUGGUCGAUGGAGCUGGGCACGCGUCUGGACAGCCGCCUCUACGCGUUGUGGAACCGCACGGCCGGGGACUGCCUCCUGGACUCGGUUCUGCAGGCCACGUGGGGCAUCUACGACAAGGACUCGGUCCUGCGCAAGACGCUCCACGACAGCCUGCACGACUGCUCGCACUGGUUUUACACUCGCUGGAAGGAGUGGGAAUCGUGGUACUCGCAAAGCUUCGGUCUUCACUUCUCCGUGCGGGAGGAGCAGUGGCAGGAGGACUGGGCCUUCAUCUUGUCCUUGGCCAGCCAGCCCGGGGCAAGCCUGGAGCAGACCCACAUUUUUGUGCUGGCACACAUCCUCCGCAGACCCAUCAUCGUUUACGGCGUGAAGUACUACAAAAGUUUCCGAGGGGAGACGUUAGGAUACGCGCGAUUUCAAGGCGUGUACCUGCCGCUGCUGUGGGAGCAGAGCUUCUGCUGGAAGAGCCCCAUCGCGCUGGGCUACACGCGUGGCCACUUUUCGGCCCUGGUGGCCAUGGAGAACGACGGCUACGGAGACAAUCGCGGCGCGGGCGCCAACCUCAACACGGACGACGACGUCACCGUCACCUUUCUGCCUCUGGUGGACAGCGAGCGCAAGCUGCUGCACAUCCACUUCCUGUCUGCGCAGGAGAUGGGCAACGAGGAGCAGCAGGAGAAGCUUCUGCGCUCGUGGCUGGACUGCAGCGUGACCGACGGCGGCAUGCUGGCCGCCAUGCAGAAGAGCUCGCGGCGCCGCAACCACCCACUGGUCACGCAGAUGCUGGAGAAGUGGCUGGACACGUACCGACAGAUACGACCCUGCGCCGCCCUCUCCGACGGCGAGGAGGAGGACGACGAAGACGAGUGAGUGGCAGACGCUUGGGAAAAAAAAAAAAGACGACAAAAACAAAUGCGCAAAAUGUCACAAGGACUAUUUUCUUGCAUGUGAUGCAGUCUUCCCAGUACUUAUUAUUUCAUCCUUAA